AUGAACCUAUGGGUCCCCCAGACUACCCAUCUUGGCCACAUCUCAUAUGUUGCUGUCCAAACCUAUCAGAAGGUUGGAUUGCGGGCCAAGUACUGUGCUAUACACCUUGGUUGGCCAAUGGAGAUCCCUUACUACCAACUUGUACCAACAAAUGCGCUCUUGAUGUGUGUUGGCUUCGUAAACACGCCGGCCUUGCAAACCAAGGAUUUGGAGUCAGAGGAUCGCCACAUUAUCAAGGAGAGAGAUUAUACCAAUCUAUAUUGGGAACGCAUCCUAGUGUUUGACUUUCUAGACCUUAUCCUCUUUGCCAUCUUUUGGCCUUACUCCAUCGUCACCCGCUAUCUCUACCUCGAGAAAACCAUCAGCAACAUCAACCACAUUUUAGUUGGUCGCAUCAACAAUCUUGAAGAACAUAUUGCUUGCAUUGAAGAACCAGGGCUAGUCCAAGCUAUAGCCCAUAUCAAACAUCAUAAGUCAUUUGCAGAGCGUCUCAAUAAUAUCUACAAGACAGAUCUUCAAGAACAAAGGAACCUUAUUGCCAACCUCGAAGCACAUAACCGCGAUCUUGCCCUUACCAUUGAAGAGCAGGAACGCCUUAUCAAGGAAAGGGAUCGCCUUUUAGUUGAAAAGGAACUUGAGCUAGAUAAUUUCCAUUGCUCCAUUCAGGAUAUCACCCAAGACGGAAAAGGGAGAAUCCACUACUACAAAGAAUAUGAGUUUUUUGCAGUCUCAUAUGAUAACGCCUGGCUUGGGCGCAAUGGGAGAGACUAA